AACUUUUGAGCACAACAGUGAAGUUCGAGAAGUGAAACUCCACUUAUAAAUUGAUACAUCUUUAAAGAUAUGAUUGCUUUAAGCUUGUUAAUCUCAAAUUAAAAUUGUCAUCAUUUACUUUACCCUUGACUUGUUCCAAACCAGUUUGAGUUCAUUUUGGAAGCAUGUUAGAAACUUAUAUUCCAAUGACAUUCAUAGAAGAAAACCAAAUGCUAAGUUCAAUGGUUACAGUUUUCCAGUAAUCUUCAUAAUAUCCUAUGUUGUGUUUAACUGGGUUGGAACAUAUCAAGGGUGAAUAAAUGACAGAAUUUUCAAUUUUAAUAGCUGAAUUUGGGGAGCAAAAACUACAUUACCCAUAAUGCUGUAUAAUUAUUUCACCAAUAAGAGAGAUGGCGUUAACCCCACCCACUUCAUGAAAUUCCACAGUUUGUGUCUUCAUCUGCUCCAAAAUAAUGAAGUAUUUUUAUGAAUAUUUGGCAAUAUUUAAAUAUAUUUCUUCUGCAGAUCCAAUCAUGAACACAUUUUUGUGAUUCACAAUGCUGCGUGGGAAUGUAGUUAAAUGUACAGGCACAGAUUUGAACCUAUGUCUUUUUGUCAAAAUUAUAAUGUGAAUUUCAUAGCAAACAGUUCAAAGAUGUAAAUAAUUGAGUGAAAAACACUUAGAUUUUUAAAACACUUUGAUUUAAAAACAAACAAAUAAUGUGAGCACUAAAGUGCAGUAGUCUUUAUCUCUUGAAGGAGCACGGAAAACUGCUAAAUGGGUUUCCAUCUCAAAGUAGUUCAAUGUAUUAUCAAAUAAUAAUAAUAAGUGUCACCAUUAACACUGAAUAAAGCACAUAAUCAGUACCUGAGGUGAUCAUUGUCAGUAUUUUUAUGCUGUUGUUGUUGACUAAAUUACAUUUAGUCAUUUAGCAGACACUUUUUCCCAAGUAGACUCUUGUCCUGAACUUGUUUUACAAAAUUGGGCUAAAAUUUAAUCUGCAUGCCCGAACAACCAAAGGAAACAACAUCUCACCAAGCAAUUGUGUGAUUAAUAGACGCCUAAACAUGGAGGUCUUGCCUAAACUAGGCUAAAUUUGCGUUGCCAGUGAAAGACAUCAAUUAGCCCAAAGCUAGACUAUAAUCUAAUAGACAGGAAUGUCUGACUUCAUGUAUAGUCAUUCAUUCUUGUCUAUUUGAUGACUAGUCUAGUUUUGGCCUUUUGUUUAACAUCUGUUAGCUUUUCACAGAAAGCCUCGUUUGUAUGUCUAUUAGACGUCUUUUUCUUAAUGCUUGCUGGAUUGCAGCUGUCUCUGCACACUGUACUGAUAUAAUAAUAAAGUACACAACCACUGCAAAUCUCCCUUUGGAAGAAGGUGAAUCUAAAAGAAGACCUGAAAAUCAUAAUGAAUCCCUGGCAGAUGUCUCAGCAUGUGUUAGUCAGAUGUGCUAUUGUGGUCAUCAAACAAUCACCUGUUGUGUAUAAAAAUAGGUCAUAUAUUGGCAGUGCCUUGUCAUACUGACUGACCACAGUAAGCUUAAUUCACUACUGUAAAUCGGGGUUUCAGCAGAAUGAAGUAACUUAAGCUGCUAUAUUUUUCUCUGAGGAUCUGAAAUGUCAUCAUAGGCAUUUACUUGCUAAUGUGAAGAUGAAGAGGACAAAAGAAAUCAGAGAAAAUGAGAUGAACGAAGAACAGGAGGAACAUAGUGGUAAGGAAGAUAGUUCUAAAGAGAUUAAAACAAAUGCUGAGUUACCCGAGGAGUAUUAUCAUGGUCUCGAGGAUUUACCCUGGAACCUGAACUCACUGGAGGAGUUACUGUAUAUCAGCCUCCCUGCAUGCAUACAAAGAGUGUUACUUUGUAAUUUAGCCGAGCAGUUUGGUGUCUGGACGUUUCACAAUAACUUCUUGCCAUGUCGUCUCAUAUCCUACGCGUUACUGCCAUAUACCCUGCCUGCUACAGCUCUCAUCUCAUUCAUCUACAGAUUUUUGUGCUGGUUGAAGACAUUUCUCCAGCAGGCUCUGAACGCAGGCAAGGAAUUGAAACAGGAAGUGAUGGUUAAUCUGCGAUUCGCUCUCACAAACAUGGGAAGACUUUUGCUGAACAGACGCAGCCGGAGCACAGGAGCCAAAACCAGCCCGUCUGCCUUAGCUUCCAGCUCAGUGGAUCCGGCGCUUUCUGCAGAAACACAGCAUCACUACAAAAACAAGGAGGAUUUCCCCCAGGACACCAACAGCCAGAACUACAUCAUAAUCACGCCUCUACAAGAGAAAGCUCCUGAUUGGUUAACACACAUUUUCUGGUAGGAAUGAUAUCUCUACUCCUCAUUCUCUCUUCUUAUGCUGUGUUCGCACCAGAUGUGGAUGAAGCGUCAAGUGCGAGUGAUUUACAUGUUAAGUUAAUGCAAAGACGUGAAUAGACAUCCUGCGAUGAGCACUAGUGAAGAGCUCUGCAGGUAAACCUCACUCUUCUGACCUCUAAAAGGUGCUCUACCGACAGAUGCUAGAGGCCAUGGUCUUUAGCCUCCUUGUUAGAGCAACUCCCAUGCGGAGAGUAGCCAGUUCAAUCUUAGCUCGAAGCAGGUUGGGUGGUGUAGGACCGGCAGGGUUACAAAAGCAUCCUGUCUGGAUUAUUAAAAAAAUAUGUAGUAUUAACUUUUUGGUUAACUCGACUUCUGAUAUAGAAUCAAU